CCAAAAUCAGGCUGGAAAUUGUCUUCAAUGGAGCUGUGACUCUACUAGGCCCAUAGUCCUCUAUUAAACGUCCAAAACAAAAACCCAAGCCUGAACUGCAUAGUCAGCACUCAGGAGCGAGAUGGAAUCGUCGGGUGGAGGGAAGAGAGAGGAGGAGGAUGUCGGAAGCUACAACAGCAACAACGUGAAGAAAGCAAGGUUGCAUUCAACGCUGACAGCUCUAUUGGACGAUCCUAUACUUGCUGAUGUCCCCAAGGAACCAACCUUAUCGGAUGUUGACACUCUCAUCAACUUAGAAUUGGGCAGCGCCAUGCGGAUCUCUGUUAUCAAAUUGGAUUCUACAUCCUUCGAUGUUGCGGUGUUGAAUUCGGCUACGGUAAAGGAUUUGAAACUGGCAAUCAAGAAAAAGAUAAACGAUAUGGAGCAAUCGAAAAUGGGGCAUCGCCACAUUUCAUGGAAGCACGUUUGGGCAAAUUUUUGCCUUUCAUACUAUAAUGAUAAGUUGAUUAAUGAUGGUUCUGCCCUUCAAGAUUUUGGCAUACACAAUAAUUCUCAGGUUCUAGCUCUAUUCUUUCUGGGUUUUGUGAAGUUCAUUCUGGAUUGUAUAGGGUCAUCAACCUGUCUACAAUUUUCUGAUUUUGAAGCCCUUUUAUUUUUGUUAGAAGGCAUGACACAAUUUGAACAAGGGCUUUUUUAGAUAUGUUGAAUGGGUAUAUUUCCCUUGACAGUGUCCUAGAUGCCAUGGAAAGAGCUUGGUUGUCCUAAAAGAAUUGUAUGAUUGUUUUCUUGAUUUACUUAUAAUUUUGAAGGUUGGAAUUCAUAAUUGUGGAUGAGACGAUUAUGGAAAAUGACAAUGAUGGUAAGUAAAAAUGUUGAAAAAAUGUCAUUUCAAGAAAACCUUAAAUUGGUUUUGUACCAUCAGUUGUUUUGGUUCAUGGCCGUAUUUUGGAUGUAAUUUUUACCCUAAGAUUCUAUGUAAAACACACUGGAACCAUUCGGCUUCCAUGGGACAUCCAAGUGGCCAUAUGUCUAUGUAUAUGAUUAGAAAAUGAAACAAGUUUCAUGAUAUGUCAUCUUUAUACUUUGAAAACGUGAAAAAUCAAAGAGAAUCACUUUCUUUAUCAUCUUCGAAGAUAUCAUUCCUUUAUAUUUGUCUAACUAAAUGGAGAUAUGUCAUGUACUUAUGCAGGUGCAUUUUGUCCCCUUCAUCAUGUCAAAGGGUUCUCAGAGGCAUUCUAGGAGGAGAAAACAUCGAUUCUUUCAUGGUCUUAACAAACGUAUAUGAACAAUCAAUCAAUGCUUCACGGCAUGCUGUUGUUAAGUUCCUGAGUCUAUGGCAUGUUUGGAGGUCUGAUGGAAAGGAAAUGAUUGCCCUCAAUGCUUUUUAAGGCAAAAACCCAUCCCUUGUGAAACUCUGGACUUGGUCCUUGGUCAUCUGAAAGUAGAUUCAUGUCUUAUGCAUUGUAACUCACAUAUCCUACUAGAGAACAAAUAUUUAUAUGGGUUGCUUGACUGCCCCCUCAGUUCAUAACAUUUGAAAUGAGUACAUCCAUUGCAUUCUACCAUCCAAUGAAAUACCUUAAAGUUUUCCACCUAA